AUGACCUUGAGUGUCCCACUUGGCCAGCGUUCGGACAAUGCGGAAAUACUGAGCCAAGACGGCCGUGCGCGUGAUGCCGGCCGAUGGAUGGUAGCGCCUCAAGCCUCUCACGGCCAGCGGCGCCGUUCAACCACGACGCCCGCAGACUUGCAGCCUUUGCGACUGCGCAACCACCGCCUUUCACCACCACCACCGCCGCCGUCACCACCGCCAUACUCCGAUCACGACUUCAUCGGCGCCUACAGCCUCUUCGAUCUGCCCGACGUAGUAUACGACAUUGCGAGCAGCCAUCACCAUCACCUUCUACCUCACCUUCACCCUCACCCUUGCCUCGACAGCCACAGUUACAGUCACAUCCACCACACACUCGACGAGGAUGGCUUCGGCAGCAUGGUCGUAGCCUCUGCCACCGAGCCUGUCCACCAUGUCACCUCGCACCAUGACGCCCCCACCGCACUGUCCUCGUCUGCUUCCACCCAGCGCAUCCCCGAUAUGGCCUCGGCAGCUGCGACCGUUGCCGCGGAGGGUACGCCUGCCGCCCCAGACCCCACAGACGCAGGUGCGCCUGGCAAUGCCAACUUGAGCCUCGCAGCCACACUCCCUCAUGACGUACCUUCUCUUGAUGCUCCUCUUGCAUUCCGCCAGAAUGAUGACCUCAACGCUACAGCCAUGGGCAUGGGCAUGGGCAUGAACAUGAACAUGAACAUGGCCAUCGACAACGACUUCACACCCAUGGAUUUCUCUGCCCCGCCUGCAACCAUCGACGAGCGCGUGAAUGCCUACGCCCGUCUCCGCUUCGACGACGGCUCAUACUACAUGCACACGUACCAGAUCAUCCUUGGCCGCAACAUUCACCUCGCCCACCGGGACAUGCGUCGCCUCGCAAAGGUUGACGAACUGAAUGCCAAAGGCCAGCCACGGGCCGCCGAGCAACUACUCAAUGGCAAGAGAAGCAAGAAGCGGAAGCGUGAUCACCGCGGCGCACGCAGUGUCAUCAGUGAGAAGGGAGGCAUUGUCAAUGCGCCCAUUGAAUCAAUGCCCGUCGACUUCCAGCAGCGUCGCCUUAGCAAUGCGUCGCAUUCACUCAGCUCGGCCUCCCAUCCCACGGGGGAUUCGGGCGAAGAGAAGCCUGCCGAGCGAGCUCCGCAGCAUAUGCUAAUGCAAUCUUUUCCCGAGGUUCCCGCUCAAUUCGACAACCAAGUUCCCGAGAACCCGGACGAUUGCCCCUUCGUGCCCAUACAUCCUCAGCACAUCACGACAAGCACAGGUGCCCAGGGGCCAAAAGGAAUAUCACGACGGCAUGCCAAGAUCUUUUACGACUUUGAAAAUAGAAAUUUCUGCGUCCAAGUUCUAGGCUCGAAUGGCCUGCAUCAUGAGAAUCAAUUUAUUCCAGCAGGCCAGAUCGUUCCGUUGGAUCAUGGCGACCACCUUCUCAUUGGCGCUGUCAAUAUCCAGUUCUUCCUUCCCGAUAUUGCUCUCACUGGCAAUGAGAACCUACCUCAAGAGCCUGGAUCUCGCCCCAUGAGCUUCUCUUUCGAGAACGGACAUGGCGAGCAGGAGAGUGACGAGGUGGAGAGUUCUGAGAGCGAAGGCGAGCUGAGCGUCAAUCCAAAACACGUCUAUCAUUACCCAAUCGACAGUGACUCUGACUCUGAAGAUGUCAUGGGCGAGGACGACAUGGAUGACUACGAAGAGCCUGCGCCACGUCCGCGGCAGAAGCAGAGCCUCAAAAUCAAGAUCAAGAAUCCGCCUCCACCACCGCCAAAGGAGCUGAAGAAGGUUUCCAAGCGAAAGCAUCGGGAGCCUACACCGGAAGAACCACCGGCUAAGAAAUCUAAACACAAGGCCAAGGAACAACCACAAGAAGUCGUCAAAGAGCACAAGGCGCCCAAGGAGGCGAAGGCCGCAAAGGACUUGAAAGAAACGAAAGCAGCGAAAGAAUCAAAGGAAGUUGAAAAGCCUAAGGAACCCAAGGAAUCCAAGGAUAAGGGAAAAGCGCCGGCCAAAACGCCGGCCAAAAUACCCAUCAAGAGCGAAACCCCUGUGGAGGAAGCCAGCCGGGAGACUUCCACGAAAGACGUUGAGCCUCCUGUCAAGUCUGUACCAAAUGACAGCCCACCAUUGUUGCGAAAACCCUUUGAAGGUGAAUUGGAAGCGGGUGGUGAGAUUGAAGGUCUCAUCACUGAGGAACUGGCUAGGCAACAUAACUUACCGACAUCCCUUAUUGGCCACGUUGUAGAGAAGCGUAAAGGCCCGGGUCGACCUCCAAAAGACGGUAUCAUGUCAAAGCGCCAGAGGUCCCAACUCGUCAAGCAAGCCAAGGAGAUUGAGAAGGCCAGGGCUGCUGGUAUCGACAUCAAGGAUAUACCUCCCCCUCCAAUCAAAACCAAAGUACCGAAACGCAAGGAGUCCAAUGCAGGUGAGGGCGAUGAUGAUGAAGUGAUGGAGUCGACAGAGGGUGGCGAUGGCACGAUGAUGGGCGACAAAAAGUCCAUGAAACCUUCAAAGCCUCCACGAACGCCGUCCCCAGAGAUGCGCAUCGAGGACUACACAGAGGAGCAGCUGCAACGUCCGUCGGCAAAUUACGUUGUUCUCAUUCACGAAGCAAUUUCCUCCUCGAGCACUGGUCAGAUGAACCUCCAGCAAAUUUAUAAUUACAUCGAGAAGAAAUAUCCUUGGUACAAGUUCAAGACGACGACAAGCGGUUGGCAAUCAAGUGUUCGUCACAACCUCGGUCAGCACGAUGCGUUUGUAAAAGGAGACAAGGAAGGCAAGGGGUUCAAUUGGAGGGUAAACCCAGAAGUCUCCAUCGAAAAGGAGCGCAGGAAGCGACAGGUCAGCCCCCCUACGAACCACACUCAGCGACCCCAAUACUAUCCCGCACCGAAUGGCUACGCCCCAUACCCGCCAUCAAAUUACUCAUUUCACCCCGGUAUGCCUCACGGUAUGCCGCCAGCUGCUCCCAGGCUCCCACCAAGUCUUGCGCAGCCUCGACUGCCACCUAGUAUGGCUCGCGAUGCAAAUGCAGCGGCUGCGUCCUUGUCGCAAGGAGGGUCUCAUCCGUCGCCAUAUGCUUCGCCCUGGGGCGGUGGUAAUGCCGCAGGAAGCCCUUCAGCGCCCAACCCCCCGCGGCCUUACCCACCUCCCAAUUCUCAGCCACAGCCGGCCUCUUCAGCUUCAGGAUCCAGUGGUCAAUAUGGUGUUCUUUAUCCAACCGCGGCGCCCUCGCCGUACGCCGCGCCCCCGGCCGCCAGCCCGUACGGUGGCCCUUAUCCCGCUGCAGGUCAAAGUCCAUAUGCACAAGGACCUUCUCGACCAUAUGCACCUUAUCCGCCACAAAACCAUCACCAUAACGGGGUCACGCCGCCAAACAUGCCGCCCACAGCAUCACCAUAUGCUGGCCAGUCUCCUUACGGAGCUCCUCCAUCAAAUACACAAGCUGAUAGUCAAACACCCCACCCUUCUGGGCGGUAUCCACUUGCGACGCACCCCGACCUUAUUCGACAGCUCGAGGCAUUUAGGAAAGUUUAUCUCGAUGCGAGGAAAGAGCCUGGUGAGCGUGAGAAAGUCGACAAUGCGAUCAGAGCCUGUGUGGACACAACUGUACCCGAAGCCAGUCUUACCAAUGCGGAAAGACAAUUGUUGACGUCCAUCAGCCGGGUUGAUGGUAUUGCCAAGCAUCUCAAGAGGCCGUCAUCAACACAGCAAGAGGGAACGCCAGUUACAGCCCCGGCAUCCACAAGCACAAUUGACGCUGGCACAGCUGCGGCUAUCGCAGCUGAUGCUGCUGUUGGUAAUGGAGGUCCGCAAGAACAAUGCAAACCACACUUAAUGCCACCAACCGAACCAGCUCCAGAGCAAGCUUCACGAACAAACGCUGAUCCUCAAAGCUUCACUCCCAACAUGACUGGUGAAGCAUCUGCUACCCCUGCCGCACCUCCUAUGCCUCUCUCGCAUCGGCCGAGUGUGGAGCCAAUCACCCCUGUACCUGGAUCGCCUGCGGUACAGAACGGCACGCCUCUAAAGCGACAGAUUCCAGAGGUUGACGUCGAGAGCACACCAAAUACAGAAGAAGCAGAUAAAGCAAAGGUUGAGCACGAUUCACCGGUCAAGACGGAGUAG